UGAGAGGUUGUCGAUAAGGCAUCGUGCGCUCGCGCCGCGGGCCAGUGCCGCGGACGACGUCGACCCACCAACUCACCGUCAUAUGCGCUCCGACGCUCAAACUCUGUAUUCGCACACGUUUUGUAACUAUAAACAAUAUUAUACAACUGCUAUGAACCUAAACCGCGACAACCGGCUUGUGUUUUGUAAACUUCGGUGUUGUGACAAAGGUUGUUUUUACUUUAACUUGUGCUGUUGAAGAGAAGCAAAGAGGAACGCGAGUACACAAGAAGUAAACAUGGCAAUGAAAGAGUGGCUGCAAUGGUUGCCGCCACCGCGUUCUCUGCUGGCGCUGCUGCUGGCAGUGGCUGGAUUCAGCGGACGACUGUUCGCUUCACACUUCACACACUCGCCGACACUACUUGUCGACACUUGUCACUCACUCUGCAGACUAGUGGGACUGGUGACCACUCUAUUAGCAUAUAAGUAUGAAAGAGCUGAUGAAGUAGCAGGAAGGGAAGGUCGUCUCCGUAACACGUUCGGUUGGGCGCGUAUCGAGGUGGUCGGCCGUUUGUCUGUCCACGUGCUGUUUGCGUCCUUCGCACUUGCGUUGGUAGUCAACGCGCUGCAACUUGGUGUACACUCGUCGCAUGGACAGCCCCCGAGGUACCCGAAGGUUAUCGUGGGCUGCGCGGUGAUAGGGUUGCUGCUUCACGCUAUCAACUAUAUGCUGCUCGCUGGUCGUGAACUCAGUUACAGCCGACGACUUAGCAUGACCGAAGGCGGAGGCGUCGUACUGAAGACAGGAACAGGGGAACCUAUACUCGCACAUGUGCCCACAGAUAUUGCCAGUAGCCUAUUUGUAAUCGGAGCUGGCCUCACAUUGGAAUGGGAGCCAGAAGCCGCACGCAUCGCUGACCCCGCGAUUUCGGCACUCGCUGCCAUCAUUCUCGUCAUCUUAAACUACCCUUUCAUGCGCUCCGCGGGGCUAAUACUCUUGCAGACAGUUCCCGAAGGUCUAGGCGCUUGUGAGCUACGUACAGCAGCUCUCCAACUGCCUGGGGUGGUGGCCAUUCAUGAGCUUCACGUGUGGCAACUGCACCGCGACAAGGUCGUAGCUACCGCUCACGUCGCAUACAGCUCGCAUAAAGAUUUCCAACAGAGUUCGCCAUUAGUAUGUAAGCUCUUCAAGAAUCAUGGCAUCAAUCUAGUCACUUUACAACCAGAAUUCGCACUGGAUGCCAUUACAGGUACAGAAGAAGAUAAGAAAGCUUACUUGGAGUUCGCAAACCAGGCAUGUGGGAGCCCUUGUGCCAAAGAGUGCACGGCGCGCCGUUGCUGCGAACCACCGCGUAAACUGUCCGUCACCCGCAUAUAAACUACCUAUAGAUAUUCCACCUUUAUGUGUUCUUCGCUUUGGAUAAUGUACCAUAAAGUGCUCGAAAUACUCGAUGUUGACUCCAUUAUCUUGAUAUCCAAAAUCGUCUCCCAUUUAUGGUUUUUUGUAUAUAAGCUUUUUGUUGUACGUAUACAUAAAUUCAUCACUAUAUGUAUCUACAAUGUAUUUGUAUAAAAAAAAUAAUUACAGUUCAGGGUAAGAUAAAAAAAAAAUAUAUAGGUAAAGCUUUCAACUUUCUUAAUAAAAAAAAUAAGUUCAAGAAAGCUAGCAAGAAUGCUUAAGAGGUAUUUUUAAAAAUUGGUACAAAUUUCUUUUUAGAUUACGUAGUUAUUAUUAAAGAUGAUUACAGCAUCUAUUACUAGAGAUAGAUACAACCAAAGAUACUAAUGUUCGGGUACCGCAACAGUUUUCUAAUCCAGCCUGAUAACAACAAAGGCAGUAACAAGUGAAAGUGCAAUGAAUAAAGCAUGGUUCGCGUUGCCUCAUUAUGUCACUUGACUGCACCUCACAAUCACGUGGCAGUAAGAGUAUGACAUCGUAACGAUGUGACAUUGACGAGGAUCCAUUGUUGAAAUUAAAGACAUAUUGUUGUAGACAAGCUGAUAUUUAAACGCUAGAGAAAUCCAUUGCAUAUUUUAAAAGAACUAGCAUUUUUGUAUGUUCCAAUAGUAUUGUGGGCGUACAGCAUUGUCAAAUAAGUGCAUUUAUUUUUCACCAAUUAUAUGGUUUGUCUGUUUUAACUUACCUACCGUGAAGAUCAUUCGUAAAUCAUUGUUUUACGAUAAUUCGUGAUUGUUGUUAAAAUGUUUGUCAAUGACCAUUGAUACAAUUUUUGUAACACGAAUAUUUACAUUUAUGCAUCCUUUCCAAGACAGCAAUAUAUAGUGCUGAUCAGUAACAUACUCAAGUUUAUUUACUAGGUAAAAAAAAUAUCGCUAGAGGAAAAAUAUUAUAAAACAUAAAUAUUUUGAAUUCAACUAAUAUUUGUAAUAUUUUUUUCUAUCAUAUGAGAAUCAAACCAUACGAGUAUUUAGCAAACGGAUGCUUUUAUAGAUAUGUUUUUGAUAGCAUACUCAUUAUAAAAAAUAAAGACGACAAACUUAUCUAGUUCUAAGAAUAGCUACUUACUUUGUUCAAUCAACAAUCUUAAUUCCAGGUAAUACGAUAUUUUGCUUUUUGUAUUAGAUAAAACUACAUUGAGUACAUUUCUCGAUACAUUUAAAUAACAGCGAAAUCGUGUUAGAUCAAGGCUGAAGAUUAGGUGAAUGCACCUGCACUAUAUGCCCAUCUCUUAUGACUUUCUUAUGACGAUUGGAUAAGUAAUCCCGAUAUUAUAUUAUUUGUUCACGGCAUAAUAACCCGGUAAUAUUAAUAUUUUAUACUGUAGUUUAGAUUUUAUGUGGUAUACAAAGCGACUGUGAUGUUCCUAGACAGUAUUAGGUGUUAGAGGACAGCUAGGUAUGCGAUUAUUCAUUUAUUAUAAGUUAAUAACUAAUGACAAAUAUGUAAGAAAGUAUAAAAUAAGUGUUAUUGAUACAAAGUUAUGUUAAUGUUAAUAAAUGUAAUUAAUAAAUGUAACUUAAAUAAAGUAUUUAAAUAAUAAUCUAAA